AUGUCGACCAAUGCUGAGAAUCGUUCUUAUUCCCCAGAGAUCGAUCCUGGUGACCUGGAGCCUCAUGAAUAUUUCUGGAGGGAUCAUCAGCCAUGGCUCGAGGAACGUGGAUACAUGCUACGCCCACGCUACCGACCCGACUGGGUACCAUCUUGGAAGGGAACCAGCAAGAGAUAUUGGAGCUGUGAAGACGGACAGGCGAUCCAGAGGUCUCAAAUUAUCGAUGCGACGCGUAUUGCUGACGGGGACAUGGUAGCCUUGAAAAAGGUCGAAAUUUCAAAGCACCCAUACGAGGUAGAGAUUGGCAACUUUCUCUCAUCCGAGCCAUUCAUUUCACAUCCUCGAAAUCACUGUGUACCCAUCUACGAAGUCUUGCGUGUACCGGACGAUAGCGAUGUUGUGCUUCUAGUAAUGCCUUUGCUCAGGCGGUUUAAUAGCCCCCGAUUUCAAACCAUUGGCGAGGCUAUUGAGUUUUUUCACCAGGUUUUUGAAGCAUUGCAAUUUAUGCAUCAACUCCGCAUAGCACAUCGCGACUGUAUGAAUCUCAACAUCAUGAUGGACCCGAAACCGCUAUAUCCCCAAAUGUAUCAUCCCGUUCUUGGUCUGCGGUCGCACAACUUCACGGGCACUGCGAAGCAUUAUACGCGCACGGCUCGGCCAACCAAAUACUAUCUCAUUGAUUUUGGUAUCUCUCGCAGAUACGAUCCGGCUAUCACGUCUCCUCGUGAACCGCCUAUCAGAGGUGGAGACAAGACCGUGCCCGAGUUCCAGCAUUCCGAUGACCCUUGCGAUCCCUUUCCUACGGAUAUAUAUUAUUUGGGUAAUAUGAUAAGGGAAGACUUUCUACAGACUAAGCAAGGAUUUGAGUUCAUGCGGCCUCUUGUUGAUGAUAUGGUCCAAGAUGAUCCCAGUCUACGGCCCACCAUCGACCAAGUCGUCAUGCGUUUUCAAGAGAUUCGGCAAGGUCUGGGAUAUUGGAGGUUGCGUUCCAGGAUCGUGGAUCUAGAAGAACUGUUCGUUGACAGGGUCUACAGAAAUACCAAGUAUAUUUUCCGAACGAUCGGCUAUUUACUCACAUUCCGAAGCCCCGUCCCUACACCUUAG